CCCGUGAUGCAUUUUGGAUAAAAUGGAUAUAUCAACUGCUGGACCAUUGGUUUUGGAGACUCUCACCAAUGCAUGUUCUCAGAAAGCCGAUGUCCUUAAACCUGCAGAACGGCAACUCCAGCAGUGGGAAACACAACCAGGAUUUUAUUCCAUACUAUCGGAAAUAUUCAGCAAUCACAGCAUUGACGUGAAUGUGAGGUGGCUAGCAGUAUUGUAUUGUAAAAAUGGAGUGGAACGAUACUGGAGAAAAACAGCUCCCAAUGCCAUGUCUGAGGAUGAAAAAGAAAGGCUUAAAUCCAAAUUGAUUUCAAAUUUUUCAGAGCCAGUUCCACAGAUAGCCACCCAGCUCGCUGUCUUGGUAUCCAAGAUUGCCCGACUGGAUUGCCCCCGUAACUGGAAUGCCCUGCUCCCGGCCCUCUUUGAGGCUGUUCGGUGUGAGGACCUCCUCAUACAAGAGAGGGCUCUCCUCAUCUUACAUCAUGUGACUAAAACACUGGCUUCUAAAAGAUUGGCUCCUGAUAAAAAAUUGUUUGAAAGUCUGACAAGUGAGAUCUUUGGAUUCGUGCAUGGGUUGUGGACCCGGGAUCUGGACCUCUUUGCUGAACUUUCAUUGGUUCACAGUGAAAAUAUGGGACCAGCGAUGGAUAGAGCAAACCUUUCUUGUAAAAUCAUUAGAAAGCAGAUAGCGUACGGAACUAAAGAUCCUUCAUCCAACCAGGAUAUGUCUAGCUUUUUAAACCAGAUAUUUGUCAGACUAAAACAAGUUCUGGGGUUUAGACAGAGUAUGUGGGGAAAUCCUCACAUUUUGGAGAAAUGUCAGAAAAUGAUCUUGAUGAUGACUAAAAUUUUGCUGGAUCUACUGGACAUUCACCCUAUCUCAUUUAUACAGCUUGUCCGACCGACGUUAGAGUUUGUGGUCACAUAUAAUUUUUCAUUGUCUGAGAAAGGUCUGCUAUUUGAGAGAUUCUCAGUCAACUGUUUUAAUUUGAUGAGGGGAAUCCUCUCCAGUGAUGUGUACAGACCGAUGAAAUCUCCAGAACUUACUGAUACUGUUAAAAUGGAAGCCUACAAGAUAAAAAUGGAUUUUUUCCAAUUUGGAACCCUUCGAGAAAUCUGCCAUCGUUUGGUCUCUCAAUACUUCCUGUUAACAUCGGAGGAUCUCAGUAAUUGGGAUGCAGACCCAGAGGGUUUCUGUUUAGAAGAGGGAGGAGAUUCCUACAAGUAUUCUUUGAGGCCAAGUUCAGAGGUCCUGUAUCUGACGAUGUUUAAGGAAUUCCGAACGUCGUUGACCCCUGUGGUUCUAGAAAUGGUGCAAGCUGUCCAAAACCCAUGUGACCCAGAGGAUAUGGUCGCCAUUCUCAGAAAGGAUGCAGUAUACAAUGCCGUUGGACUGUCAGCUUUUGACUUGUUCGAUGAUGUGGAUUUUGACAAAUGGUUCUCCACACAGCUUCUACAGGAACUUAAUAUUAAGCAUCAGAAUUACCGUAUCAUCCAUCGCCGAAUCAUCUGGUUGUGUGGUCAGUGGGUAGGAGUCAAAAUGUCUUCCUCUCUGAGACCCACCCUCUACCAGGCCAUCAUAUCUCUCCUCAACCAAUCAGAAGACCUAGUGGUCAGGAUAGAGGCUGCAAUGACCCUCAAAACUGCAGUAGAUGAUUUUGAGUUUAAUGUGGAGCAAUUUUUGCCAUUUUUGGAUUCCAUGUUUUCUCAGUUGUUUGAACUAUUAAAAGAAGUCCAGGAAUGUGAUACAAAGAUGCAGGUGCUACAUGUGAUAUCUUUCCUAAUCGAGCGAACUGGUAGUCAAAUCAAGCCCUACGCUAGUUCACUCAUCCAGUAUUUACAGACUUUAUGGCAGGAAGCACAGGAACAUAACAUGCUGAAGUGUGCAAUACUCACAACAUUGGUGCAUUUGGUACAGGGUUUUGGGCCGAACUGUACAUCGAUGUACGAGUUCCUUCUCCCGGUGAUUCAGGUCAGCACUGACGUGACGCAGGAUCAGUAUGUUUAUCUGGCUGAGGAUGGACUAGAACUCUGGUUAGAGACACUGAAGAAUUCCCCAAAUCCUAAUGAUCAUCUCCUACAGCUCUACAGGAACAUGCCGGGACUUCUGGAGUCUGGAACAGAGAAUCUAAGAAUUAGUUUGAAGAUCAUUGAGGCCUAUCUUCUUCUAUGUCCAAACCAGUUUAUGCAUAACUUUUGUAACAGUCUGGCUUCCUCACUACACAGUUUGAUGUCCGACAUUCGAGAGGAAGGACAGCUAUUGAUAUUACGGGUUGUUGAAUUAGCACUUAAAGUAUUUCCUAAAGAAGGACCAGAUAUAUUUCUAAAUAUCUUAGUUUCGAUGGUGAAAUCACUUGUAGAAGAGAAGAACGAGUCAAUAUUGACUGCUAUGAAUUUGACUUUGUUUGGAAGAAUUGUUCUACAAAACCAGGAGUUCUUGUGGAAAUUUAUCCAGCAGAUGGCACACCACUACCAUCAAGAAGCAGACAGUUUCUUUGGACAUCUGUUGGAUAUCUGGUUUGACAAUAUGGAUUACAUCACACAGCCAGAGAGGAGAAAGUUGUCCGCAUUGGCCCUAGCCUCCCUAUUGUCUGUGAACACAAGUGUUGUAGAGGAGAAGUUUGUGGGGAUUGUGACCACGUGUGUAGGCGUGUUGCACGAUGUGACCCGGAUACCUGUAGAUGAUGACCCACUUCUGCAAUUAGAUUCCCUUGUAAUCAGUGAUACAGAUCAGAGCAAUGAAGGGGAUGAUGAGGAAGUACUCCAUGAAAGGCGGAAACAUCAGCUAUCAAAGCAGGAUCCAGUGCACACUGUUCCCCUCAAAGACUACCUGGUGUCUCAGCUGAGGGCAUGUCAGGAACAGAGAGGUGAAAAAUUCAACCAACUGAUGGGACUGGUCGACCCAGAAAUCGUCCAACAGCUGAAGAGCUUCACCAGGUAGCCAUGGUGAUGCCUUUGGUCCCUGCCAAUUGUAUUUCAAUCAGCUUGAAUAUCGCUAGUCAUUAAAAACUCAACAGAAGCAAGCUCCUCCCAGCAAUCUCCGUAACUGAUUCGCAGCCAAUGGAAUGCUUCUAAAUUCUCAUCCACUUUACUGGCAUGUGUUUAUUGUGAUUAUGGAUACGUUUUAAUUAUCUGAGAGUGACAGUUUGGAGUAUCCAUACCCAGUUGUUUGUGGGUACCUCUGUGAAGUGACGGAAGGAGUUAGAGAGACACUCCAUGAGAGUCUUAUUUGAUUUUAACUAUUAUGUAAUUUACUAUUGAAAAUUUUAAUAAAUUAUUGAAAUUAU